CAUCAUUCUCUAGAAAUACACCAACAUUCUAAUUCCUUCUUCGUCUUUCCACAAUGCCAACACCACAACCGAACCGAGCCAGGGCGUUAUGGCGCACCGUCUUGGCCUCCGCCUUCCGCACCGCCUUGGCCUGCUCCAUAGUAGGCAUCGCCACCUUGUACGGCCCAGUUUCCUUCCAGAAUCAAGUGGCAUUCCCUGCAUUUUCCUAUGUGACAGUCAUCUUAGUUGUCACGGACGCCACGUUGGGUGACACUCUGCAUAGCUGCUGGCUGGCUCUUUAUGCCUCCGUACAGAGCCUUGGACCUGCCAUGUUGAGCCUGUGGUUGAUUGGACCGGCAAAGCUCACUAAUGGAACCACGGCCCUUGCGGUGGCAUUGGCGGGGAUGAUAGUGGUGUUGCCGGAAUCAACUCACAUGAUAGCCAAGCGAAUAGCGUUGGGCCAAAUCGUUAUCGUCUAUGUCAUCGGUUUUAUCAAUGGCGGCCAAACUCAACCGAUCAUGCAUACUGUGCAUGUUGCUGCAAGCACGGCGGUCGGAGUUUUGGCUUGCGUUUUAGCCUUAUUACUUCCUUACCCAAGAUUGGCUUGUUUCGAGGCCAAGAAAAGCUGCAACCUACUGGUGGAGAACAGCUCGGAGAGGCUGAAGCUUUUGGUGAAGGCAUUUUGCGCGGAGGAAAAAGCCGCGGCGUCUGGUUUCCUUUCUCAAGCAAAGCUAUUGAACGCCGCCGCAAACAAGCUUCAUCAAAGCAUAAAACGCUUCCAAGGAAGCAUGAAAUGGGAGAAGCUUCCGUUCAAGUUUUUGAGACGCUAUUACAUGAACUCAGGGGAGAAAUUGCAGGAAAUAGAGAUGGGUUUAAGAGGAAUGGAAAUUGCUUUGGAGAGUAUUCCUUCAUUUCCAGUGGGAUUAAUGGUGGAUGGCGGACAAGUCAAAGAUGGUUUACUUAAGCUAGAAGAUCACAUUAGCUUAACCCUAAAACAGGUCAAGAGUUUCAUCCAUGGUGAUUCCGUCACUGUUCCUGAAUCAAAUGCUGAAGAUGCCAUGAAGUUCCUCCAAACACUUCAAGCAGUCCCAAGAACCCACCAGGAUUUACCCACAUUUUUCUUCUUGUUCUGCAUGAAACUCCUUCACAGCAAGUCGUUGCCGAAGCCGACGAAUAAAACUCCGGUGAAGCCAGAUCCUUUUUCGUCGGAAACAAUUGGUUUCUCCUUCAUGGAGGUUUGGAGCAGCUGUGGAUUUAAGAGAGAAAGGAUCAAGCCUGCUGUCAAGUUCUCGCUUUCUCUAGGGCUUGCGGUUCUAUUCGGGUUGAUGUACAGUAAGCCGAAUGGAUUCUGGUCGGGACUCCCUGUUGCUAUCAGCUUCGCCACCGCGAGAGAGGCGACAUUUAAGGUGGCAAAUGUUAAGGCACAAGGUACUGCCUUGGGGACAGUAUAUGGAGUUAUAGGGUGCUUUCUUUUCGAAAGGUUCUUGCCAAUAAGGUUCUUGUCUCUUCUUCCUUGGUUCAUCUUCACAACUUUCCUACGUCAAAGCAAGAUGUACGGUCAAGCCGGUGGAAUAUCCGCCGUGGUCGGAGCCGUACUGAUACUGGGAAGGAAAAACUUUGGUCCACCAAGUGAUUUUGCCAUCGCAAGAAUCGUCGAAACAUUCAUCGGUUUAUCUUGUUCGAUUGCGGUGGAGCUUCUUUUCCAGCCCAAAAGAGCUUCAGCUCUGGCCAAAAUCGAGCUCUCGAAAAGCCUGGAGACAUUGCAUGAAUGCAUCAGCAACAUUUGUCUCGAACCCAUUGAAGCCAACCAUGUCGAGAAUCAGAAACAGUUGAAAUUUCAUGUGAAUCAGUUAGGUAAAUUCAUUGGAGAAGCUGAUGUGGAGCCCAAUUUCUGGUUUUUGCCUUUUCAUAGUGCUUGCUACGGUAAGCUUUUGGGGUCAUUGUCAAAGAUGGUGGAUCUCCUGCUAUUCGGUGCUCAUGCAAUAGGAUUCCUCAAACAAGACUCACAAAAACUCGAAAUUCCAUGGAAGGGAACCGUAAAUAAAUUUGACGAUGACCUUAAGCUCUUCAAAGAGUCAAUUGGGUCAUUAAUAAAACAUCUUUCCAAGAUUCCAUCGAUCAAAUCCAUCCCUAUACUCGACAAGGAGCUUGAAAAUAACAACAUUUCUUACGAUAUCGAGAUCGGAAAAUCACCAUACCUGAAACUUUUCAGGGUUUCUGAUUCAGAUGAAGAUGAAAUGGACAAGGUUUUGAAUUCAUUUCUUCAACAUUCAAAUGAAGCUAUUGACGUGAUGCAAGGCAUUGAAGGUGAGAAUGAGAUUAAGAGCCAGAUGGUAUUAAGUUUGAGUGCCCUGGGGUAUUGCAUUAAAGCUUUAACAACGGAAACAAGGAGAAUUGAAGAAGGAAUAAGGGAACUUGUUCAGUGGGAGAAUCCUUCAAGUCGUGUAAACUUGCAUGAAAUCUCAUGUAAAAUACAUGCUUUAUGCGGUUAA